AUGGCGAAGAAUAUGGAGAACACCAGUUAUCGCAAAUUAGAUGUGGAUGCGUAUGAUCCAGAGAAUUACGACGAAAACGAGGAUGCUGAAACUAUAUCGCUGAACGAAGCUCUAUGCGGGUAUGAAAUCCCAUUGGAACAUCUUGACGGCCGUACUUUGAUUUUGAAGAAUAAGCCAGGAGACAUCAUAACCCCAGAUUGUAUUCGUGGUGUAAUCGGAGAAGGUAUGCCGCAAAGGCGACAUCAUGAUCUUCGUGGAAAUCUUUAUGUAAAGUUUGAUGUAGCCUUCCCAAAUGAUCACUUUUUGGAAGACGACACGAAGUACAAGAUGAUUGAAACCGCAUUCCCACCAGUCAGGAAAGUUGCAUAUCCGUCGAAUUGUGAAGAGGUGUCUUUGAUGGAAUACGAUGAGAAGCGGUAUCGUGGCGGCAGAGGAGGAGGACAAGCUUAUGAAGAAGACGGAUCGGAUGAAGAAAUGGGUCAUCACGGGCCUCAGGUGCAAUGUGCACAAAGCUAGAGUCA